AUUUAAGGAGAAUUUACUAAAUUAUUUUAGUCUAUAAAUUCUAUCCAUUAUCUUAGUUGUGGUCCUCAAUAGAGUUAUAAAAAUAUAUAGUGUGGCCAUGCUUUUCGAUGUAGGAAUUUCUUUUUGGCCAUAGUAUUUUUCUUUAUACUUUUUAUUUUUUUUUAAAUGUAUUACUAAAAAUAAUGUGGCCCAAAAGAAAUUCCUACAAACACUCACUCUGUCGUAUCUUAAAAUAGCCAAAAAUUUAUUCCAUUCUAAUUAUGGUAAUAGAAAACUUAUAAAAAUCACAAAUUAUUUGCUAACUUUGAAUCAUCCAAAUUUGAUAAGGAAUUGAAAGCUUUUGAUAAUUCACUACUUCUCAUUUGCAAUCUAUAGAGAUAAGAAGACAAGUUUAUCCGAUUGUAUUUGAAUUUUUUUAGGAUUUCCUCUGUUUAAUUGUACUUGAAUUCCCAGUUUUUCCUGCUGUAAAGAAACAUGGUUGAAGGUGGUAUUGCAAAAGCAGACAAGACAGAAUUCACAGAAUGCUGGCGUACGGCCUGGCGGACUCCUUACAUUAUGAGGCUUGCACUCUCAGCAGGCAUUGGAGGGCUUCUGUUUGGUUAUGAUACAGGGGUUAUUUCUGGUGCCCUGCUUUACAUCCGUGAUGACUUCGAAUCUGUUGACAAGAAAACAUGGCUACAGGAGACCAUCGUGAGUAUGGCUGUUGCAGGAGCUAUUGUUGGAGCCGGAUGUGGUGGAAUCAUCAAUGAUAGAUUUGGGAGGAAAAAGUCAAUUUUAUCUGCUGAUUUUGUUUUCUUUAUUGGUGCUGUGAUCAUGGCCAUUGCUCCUGCUCCCUGGGUUAUAGUUGUGGGAAGAAUUUUUGUUGGUUUCGGGGUUGGAAUGGCAUCCAUGACAUCACCUCUUUACAUAUCUGAAUCCUCACCUGCGAGAAUUCGAGGGGCACUUGUUAGUACAAAUGGUUUGCUAAUUACAGGGGGCCAGUUUUUGUCUUACUUGAUCAAUCUUGCCUUCACCAAGGCUAAGGGAACCUGGCGUUGGAUGCUCGGGGUUGCUGGCAUCCCCCCUGUAGUUCAGUUUGUGCUGAUGUUAUCACUUCCUGAGUCCCCCAGAUGGCUCUACAGACAGAACAAGGUAGAUGAAGCGAGGGCUAUCUUGGAAAGGAUAUAUCCUGCUGAUGAAGUUGACAAGGAGAUGAAAGCUUUAGCUUCAUCUAUUGAAGCUGAAAAGGCGGAUGAAGCUGCUAUUGGGGACAACAUGUUCUCUAAAGUAAAGGGUGCAUUUACAAACACUGUAGUCCGCAGGGGACUCUAUGCGGGCAUAACUGUUCAAGUUGCUCAGCAGUUUGUUGGUAUAAACACCGUCAUGUACUAUGCUCCAACCAUAGUCCAGUUUGCUGGAUUUGCUUCAAACUCGGUGGCCUUAGCACUUUCUCUCAUUACUUCAGGCCUCAAUGUUGUGGGCACCAUGAUUAGUAUGGCUUUUGUUGAUAGAUAUGGAAGGAGGAGGCUGUUGAUGGUUUCUAUGAUUGCUACCAUCGGUUUCCUUGUGGCCUUAUCGGUUGUAUUUAUCGAAGCUUCUUCCCAUGCUCCUAAGGUUAGUGCAAUGGAGACUGCACAGUUUGGGAAAAACUCUACUUGUCCCAAAUACCUGACCUUGUCAGAUACAUCAAAAUGGAGCUGCAUGUCCUGUUUGAAAGCAGAUUGUGGUUUCUGUGCUAAUGCAGCCAGCGAAUUUCAACCUGGAGCAUGCUUGGCUGACACCAAGGCCUUAAAAAGCACAUGUCAUGCACAACAUCGGGUGUUUUUCGAGAAUGGUUGUCCAAGUAAAUUUGGAUUUCUUGCUGUAGUACUCCUUGGACUCUAUAUAAUUGCUUAUGCACCUGGAAUGGGUACUGUACCAUGGAUUGUGAAUUCAGAAAUUUACCCAUUGAGAUAUAGAGGCAUUGGUGGAGGGAUUGCUGCAGUGUCGAACUGGUCUUCGAAUCUUAUAGUUAGUGAAACAUAUUUAACUCUGACUGAGCAUCUUGGAGCUGGUGGUACCUUUUUCCUAUUUGCUGCAAUUUCCUGCGUUGGACUUGCAUGCAUCUUCUGGUUUGUUCCUGAAACCAAAGGCCUACAAUUUGAGGAGGUUGAGAAAAUCUUAGAGGAAGGAUACAGGCCAGAUUUGUGUGGAGGAAAGAAAAAGAGGAAGAAUGUCGAUACUGUAUAAUUCUGAAGAAGCUUGAGCUGAAAGUGAGAGACAAAAAUUGCAGAUUUGCAGUACCUAUUACAAUUCCUAUAAUUAUUGUUAAUAGUAUUCCGUGUUUUUAAUGAGGAAGGAAUCCUAUUGCUCUCAUCAAGUAAAAAGAUAGUGCCUUGUGCAAAUUCAGUCCUAUUUAAUGACUGAAUUAUGUAAAGAAUAAGGUUCUCAUUGGGUUUAAAGUAAUGAACAAUUGUUUCCUUAUUGGCAAUUAAUGGAAAAGCUUUCUUUUCGUAUUAAAA